UGUCUGUGAACAUUUAAGCAUGCUCAAAAAUAAAGUUUCCAGUGACCUCUCUUCUCUCCAAUUUCUGUCCAUUCCUAUCCCUUUCCUUGGCAGCUGGACUCUUUUGAAAGAGUUAUCUACUACUUCCCAUCACCUGCAAGUCAUACUGCCAUGCCAUGCGGCUUUCACCCUCAUUUCUCCUAAUGGAAACUGCUCUUACUAAGCUCAUCGGAGACCUCCAUGGUUCUAAACUCUGUGACACUCCUCAGCUUUCCUCUUGACCUUUCAGCAGCCUUUGGCACACCUGUUUAUUGGGUGUGUUAGUUUCCUGUGGCUGCUGUUACAAAUUACCACAAACUGGUGGCUUCAAACAGGAAACUAAGAAGAAGCCAGAGAGUUGAGAAGGAAACCAAAAGAAUGUGUCAUCACAGAAAUCAAGGGAAGAAAGAACCCGGUAUGGUAAGGUUCUAGCAUAAUGAAUGGGUCCAGUGUGGCGAAUACAUCACCCAAUGUAAAAUCCAAAGAGGACCAGGUAUUAAAUGGGCACGAUGAGAAGGAAAACCCAUUUGCAGAGUACAUGUGGAUGGAGAAUGAAGAGGAUUUCAACAGACAGGUAGAGGAGGAGCUGCAGGAGCAGGACUUUUUGGACCGGUGCUUCCAGGAGAUGCUGGAUGAAGAAGACCAAGACUGGUUUAUUCCAUCACGAGACCUGCCUCAGGCCAUGGGACAGUUGCAACAACAGUUAAAUGGACUGUCUGUCAGCGAUGGUCACGAUUCUGAAGAUAUUUUGAGCAAAAGUAACCUGAACCCGGAUGCCAAGGAAUUUAUUCCAGGAGUGAAGUACUGAUCUGACAGAAAAACUUUGAGGAGGACUUGUAUGUCCCCACAUCUGGGGACAGCACUGCACAAAAAGGCAGAGCUGAA